AAAGCCAUCACACUGAUAUAUCUGUCUGAACCAUGGUCUGAAAAUCGGAACUCUUGAUAAGAAUUUAGAAGUAUUUGAUUACUUGUGUACUUGUGUUGUGUAAACAUUGAUGUGUGGUAACAAAUUUAUACUUCUGCGUGGAAAUUGAUUUUAGAGCUAGUUAUGGCUUGUUUAUCAAUGGAAAAUCGUCCUCUUAAAAAAUUGAGAUUAGGACCGCCCGAUGUUUACCCACAGGAUCCCAAACAAAAAGAGGAUGAACUGACUCCUGUCAAUGUGAAACAAGGAUUUUCUCAUACACCCAAUCUUAAUCAGUCUGAAGAGUAUGGAUCUGCUAAAAAUCACAACUUUUCUUUAUCAAAGGUCCAAACUUUUAUUAAUGGAGUGCUUACAAAAAAACAAGAAAUCAACACAUUGCCUGAUACUGGCCGAAAACGCCAACUCAUCAAUCCCAAAGAAAAUUUCCAUAAUGUUACUCCAAAGUCCAAGGCAUUCAUUGAGUCUUGGUUCAAAGACUUAGCAGGCAGCAAACCUUUGAUGAAUCUAGGAAAAAGAGUGCCAAUAUUCAACAAGAAGGAAGAAAUAUUUAUCCAACUAAGUGAAUAUCAGGUUCCUAUGUCUAGAGCAAUAUGGUUAAUCAAGAUGACAUCUGCGUAUUCAGUGGCUAUUUCUGAAGCCAAAAUGAAAAAGCGUCAAGUUCCAGAUUCCUCUCAAGAGUGGACUAGUACAUUGGUCCGGUUCAUAAAGGAACAAAUUGUGAAACUACAAGAUUUCUAUCAAAAAUCCACAAAUAGUGGAGGAACUUCUGCUGCAUAUGCUUCAAAUGCUACUGCAUAUCAUAAUGGUAGCCCUUUGAUGAGUGAUGAACAGAAGCUUGCUCUUCGCCAAUUUAAUUAUUGCCAGCAAUUAUGCAAAGUGAUGUUUGAGGAGGGACUUCUUGAAUGCCAAGAUUUCUUACAAUGGCAGUUGGACAUGCUUGAAAAAUGUAAAACUUGUGAUGAUGGUCUUCUCAAGUUUAUUAUUCCAUUAAUCUUGCAGUAUGUAGAUGAAUUUACACAGUGUGAAAUUCUGAGUCGAAAGCUUGUUUUUCAGGUGUGUAGAAGAAUUUCACCGCUUCUAUCGAACGAUCAAAUCAGCGAAGGAUCAGUUUCGUUAGAUGUGGGAAAUUGUGGGCAGCAUAGGAGUGUUCUUCUUCAAAUGUCUGCCAUCAUUCAAGCAGUCGUUCUUCAUUGUCCGACGGCGUUAGUGUGGAACCAUUCUGGAGAAGGAAAAAUAUCAUCUCAUUUGGUUGGAUCCCCUUUAGAUCAUUUGCCUAUUCCUCCGUCAGCAUUACCUAUGGCUCCUCGUUUUUCAAACGAUCACGUCCGUCAGAUGCUUCGAGAAGCUGAGAAUGCCAUCAAACAGCGUAGUAAGGCUGCCGAAUCACGAUGGCCUUUAGAUAAACUGAUUCAUCACUCCGAAAUCAAUUGUAGUGUUAAACAGAAACAACAAAAUCAGCCACAGACUGGGAUUAUAACAGCACGAGUGCUUCAGGCUCUCGAAGCAUUGGAUCUUCAUAGUUUCGACCGUGUAGACUUGACCAACAGUAUCGAUUCACUGUACGUCAAAAUAUUUCCGGCAAUUGGGGGAAACAAAGGAAAUGUUGAUCCUGCAACUGUAGAGCAAAUUGGCCAAUUCGCCAAACAGGAUGAACCGUUUGUUCGCCUGUUGUGUCAAUGGGCAGUUAGUGAUCAACGAUAUGGAGAACACCGCGCGAUUGCAGCUGCUCUGCUUCUAGAAAAGAGACAAAUGGAUUUGGUGGCUUUAACAGAAAGUGAUGCUGUUGGAGGCGAAGACAAUGAUACCGACGAAAAUUUGGCUGCCGUUUCCGCCGUCCAACCCGUUUAUCAGGGAUUUUUAAUGAAAUUUCUUGACUCCGAAGCACCAGUGCUCAAUGAAUCAAGUUCCGGGCACAACAAUCGAACAGUUUUUGCGUCUUUGGUUCAUUUAUACUAUGAACUCAUCAAGCAUGACGUGUUCUCUCAUGACAUGUACAUGUGUACUUUGAUUUCGCGAGGUGAUCUUCUCUCAGUUACACCUGGCCAUAGUGGAGCUACGGUUGCUCCGUCAAAUUCGGGUCAUUUUGCUGGCACUCCAAGCAGCGGAAUGAGUAGUUUAACGGGAUUCCAAUGUAUGAAUGAUUUACGCUGUGAAAUGGAUGACAGUAAAAUAGACGACGAUCUUGGGAAGUUGUUGCAACAUAUCAAAGAAGAACAACAAAUUGUCAUGGACACGCCUGAUUCUCCCAAAGAUGAAAGUCAUAACACACUUGAAACUGGUCGAGGAGAGAAAGAGGGUAAACGUCAAUCAAGACACCUCCUGUUUACCACUCAUUUUCCUUUGCCUCAGGAUGAUAGUUUAAUCCACGACUGCAAUCAACGACACAUUCUGCUGUACGGAGUUGGAAAAGCACGCGAAGAAUCUCGCCAUGCUGUUAAAAAAGUCUCAAAGGAAAUGUGUCGCCUUUUUCACAAGAAGCUAGCGAUUGAUGUCCAAACGGAAGGGACUAAUCUAGCUGGAGGAGUCGGAGCCUUUGUAGGUUCUUCGAAAUCCCGAAAACACUCGUCGCGCCUCGAGUUCAAUUUUGAAUUGAGCAUGCAACGCUUUCUAUCGUUAUCUUACUUUGAUCGUCAUGCCGUAGCUGCCCAAGCAGCCUCAACUUGUAUGGAAAUGAUCAAUAGCUUCACCGUUGGAGGAGCAGCGUAUUUGCCUAUUUUGGAACACAUUUCUUUUCUCUUCGAUCUCUUCGAAGUUUCGCUAAGUAUAAGUGGACUCAUAGAUCUAUGUCUACAGCUCCUUAAAGAACUUCCUGAAGUUGAGCUCCUGCUGUCUCAAAGGAACUCGGUUCUUAGUCGUAACUACCUAACCAACGUAGGACUGUAUAUCGUUGGCGUACUUCGCCGUUUUCACUGCUGUCUACUACUCUCACCCGAGUCGACUGCUGCUGCGUUUGAAUCGCUAUGCCGGAUUGUCAAGCACGUUACGAAUCCUGCCGAUUGCAGUUCGGCGGAACGCUGCAUUUUAGCGUAUUUGUACGACUUGUACAGUUGCUGCUCAUUCCUUAAGGCCAAAAACGGUCAAUUGGAUUCAUCUCUAACGAGUUCAAACUCAUCUUCUAGUCGCGGCAGUAGUGGUGUGGCUAUGAAUACCGGAAGUGAAGUGUUUGCAUUCUCUAACGCGUACCCUAAAAUUAAACAAACCAUAUUUGCCCCUGUCGUAUCACUACCGAAAUCCGUGCAUCCAUUGAACCGGGAUUUUCUCCAGGACUACAUAACUAGUCCACGCCGAAAGCCCGAGCCACACAUUUUGCGUCAACUGUCGGACUCUGCACAAUUGCGUUAUAGCUUCGUCUUCAACGUUGUAGUAGCUGUGUGCAAUGAAGCUGACAAUGAUAAGCUAAAUGAUAUUGCACUUCUCUGUGCCGAAUUGACCGCCGGAUGUUCGGCACUGUCCGCCGAGUGGUUAGGAGUGUUGACAUCUCUCUGCUAUUCGGCCACGGCUUACAUAGAUGUCUCAACACAGGUAGAUGUUCAGGAUAAUUCCAUCCACCACAAUUUAGCUGUACUGUUUUCGGUACUUUUAGCGCGUCAUUGCUUUGGGCUUCAGGAUUUUUUGCUAUAUGUUGGAGUUCCUUCGUUGGUUAAAAUAUGGAACGAAGGGGGCCGUUCCGAUACCGAUCCGGAAGCCGAAGCUGGUGCGCGUUUGACUUGCCACCUCGUGUUGAGACUGUUUAAGACGUCGGAUGCUCCACAUCCUGCGUGUUACAGCAAUAGCAGCCACAGUGUGAAUGCCUCCCCUCAUCACACAUUGCAACAAACCGCGCCUUCCUCUUUGGGUGUAAAACUAGCGUGUGAUCGCCAUCUCCUAGCGGCUACUCACAAUAGCAUUUCUGUCGGUCCUGUCUUAGCGGUACUCAAAGCAAUUCUGGUGCUGGCAGAUCGCGUUCCACCCGAAGGUAAAAGUAGCCGGCUGACAGGCAGUGGAAGCAACAUCAACAGCAGUAACAGGUUAGGUGUAGGUAACAGUUCGAUGGCCAACGAAGUCAGCAUCUCCCACAUCUUGGGAACCUCUUGGAGCGGUGAUUUAGACUUGGACUUUGGUUCGAGCAAUUUUGGAGUCGGAGGCGGUCGUAACAGUUUUGGUGGGGCUACCGAGAACGUGCCAUUGGCUUCCUACGCCAGAUAUGUUUUGAGGCAAAUUUGCUCUCAGCCUUGGGUUCAUCAACGUUGUUUGCAAAAUCCUGAAGAAUUGCUGAAACUGGAUGGCCUUCUCGAUAGCUGCUUAAGCUUACGUCAAGCUCAGCGUCUUCUCCAGAUGAUAAGCCGUCCCGAUUCGGGUGCCAGUGUAGUUGAGGAUAUCAGUAACGAACACCAAGAUUAUCGACAGGUCGUUAACCGUGUUUUAGAGAGUCUCGAUCAAUGGCGGUUACGAGUUGCUUGGUUGGACCUGCAACUGCUUUGCCAGCAAUUAACUUCAAUAGGCAGUGGAGGGGCAUCCUCUACUGACAUGAAUCAAUUAUUGGAGGCUAUCGCUCGCGCUGUUCUUGACGUGUUUGAACUGUCUACAACACCAGGUGUAAAAGAGGAGCCAGAUCAGAGCGGAGGAUCCAGUUCUCUGAAAAAGCGAACCGAAGCGGCAUCUGCUACCCCAUCCUCUUCUGUUUCCGGUUCCGCCAUCAAAUCGCAUCCGAGUCUGUCAAUUUCGUUGAUUGCUCCCUUAGUGUCGAAGCUUCCAGGAACUGUUCAAGGGCGAAUUCUCAAAGUGGCAAGCCAAGUACUUGAAAGCUGCAAUUGGGGUCUAGUUUCCAAGGGAAAAGAUAAAGAGCGCAACAUUCCAAACCCCACACUAGCUUUUCGUUCCAAAUCGUUGCUGUCUUACGAACCUUUGUUAUCUCUGGUGAUGACAUGUCUUAAAGGACAAGACGAGCAACGCGAGAUGUUUCUUUCUUCUCUUCAUUCUCAAUUGUCGCACUUCAAUUUAUUGCUCAAAGAGGAUCGCCUCUAUCAGGGUGAAGACAUCCGAGCGCGACAGGCAAUGCUAGAAGCAUUGCAACUCCGUUUUAGUCUUGUUGGCGGUUUAUUUGAUUCUAUUUUGCGUAAUCCAAUGGUAGCCAUAGAUUGGGCUAUCCUGUUGACUCAGCUAGUGACUAACGGAGUAGUGGAUGCAUCCAAUAAUACCGAACUCUUUACGACAUUGCAAGAUAUGUUGGCUACCUUACUGCACUCCACCCUAGUGACUGACGGCCAAUCUGAUCGUGGUGAAGACAGCCGUAAAUACUACCCGAUCCUGAUUAAAAAAUUGAAAAAAGAAUUAGCUGAACGCAAAGGAUCUCCAUCCAUUCAAUGUAUCAAACAACUUCUUCCCCUACCGAAGCUAACCAGUGAAUUUGUGACGUGUGAACCUUAUGGGACUCUAACCGAUACCAAGGGAAACAAAAUUAGCGGAUUUGAUAGCAAUGACAAGAAACAAGGACACCGACUGUAUGAAAAACAGCGAGUUUCUCCCUGGGAAAUACUGGAAGGCCACAAAACAGCUGCUCCACUCUCUUGGGCUUGGUUUGGAGCUGUUCGUGUCGAGCGGAAACCACUUCGGCACCAAGAAGUCCAACGGCUGCUGCGUCAUCAUACACAUGCCUUGCACAAACCUGCAUCAUACUAUCUAGAACACCCAAUCCUUCCGCCGGAAGAAUUGGAACCUCCUGUAGUGGAAAAGAUUGUCCCGAAAGAAGAAGUUUGCUUCAAAAUGGAGAUACCGUCUUCUGAUCAAUCACCUAGAGGAGUAACGAAACGUGGACAGAAAACGAACCAACGUCGACCGCGGGGCAGAAGAGGCGCUGCAGCUGCUGCAGCGGCGGCCGCCGCCGCUGCCACAGUUUCUCAACCGACCGUUGGAGGAGGUUAUCAGAGCCCAGUUGCAUCCGGAAUGUAUCCACCUCAACCACCUCCUCAGUGGAAUAAUUACACAGCGCCAGCCCCACCAGCCUCUCAACAAGGAACAGUCCCAACACCGGCUGCAUUUUUCCCGCAACAAACGAUCGGUCCGAGAUUCCCAAGCGAAAGACCGGGCACCCAAUCACGCCAGGCGUUGAGCAAUAUGCUUAGACAGAGGCAUACAAGUACUCAGUUCGUACCCGGCUCUGGGGCCAAUCCUGCUGGUGCCAAUCCUGCUGCUGUACCCUCGGCUCCGCCCACUGGAGCUGGAGGAGGAGCCAUGCCCAACAAUCCGCGAGUCGCACCAGGUCCAGUGGCUGGUGGUGGUGCAAACCAACAGCAAUUUCCAAACAUUUCGAUGGUAGACAAACAGAGACAGCAGCAGUUCAUGCGUCAGCAAAUGCGACAGCAGCACACAGGAGGUAACGUCUUUGGACAGCAAGGACCGCAACAGGCACAGCCACAACAGCAGCAACAACAACAACAACAACAGCAGCAGCAGCAGCAACAACAACAGCAACAACAACAAGUGCAAAUGGCUCCUGGUGGAUUUUCAAACAUACACACACCCAUGAAUCAGAAUUUCGGCAUGUUCCAAAGCGGAACACCUGGUAUGCAACAACUCGUCAAUCCCCAACAACAGCAGGCCCAAUCACAACCCGCACAACAACAGCCACAGCAGCAAGGAAUGAUGGGGCAGCAUUUUCCUCAAGCAGCUGGAAAUUUCCCCAUGCAACAAACGCAGCCACAAGGGAAUAUGAUCCUCAUGCAACAGCAACAUCAACAGCCCCAGGGGCGUGGAAUGAACGCUACUCCCAUGCGCCCGCCGUUUAUGCAGAGCGCCGGGAUGCAAAUGAACGCGGCACAGCCAAACCAAUUCGUUAGAGGAGCUAUGCCUAAUCAGCAGCAAGCUGUUCGGUUACAACACCAACAAAUGGUGGCUAUACAACAGCAACAACAAAUGCAGCACAACAUGGGGCAGCAGCAACAACAUAAUCAGCAUUACCAUCAGCCCUUUUAAAUGAAAAAAAAGACCAGUAUUAAAGGUCUAAAAAUGAAUUUAUUUGAAUAUAUUUGAAUAUAUUCCACAUGUAAUUGCAUAAACAACACGUUAUCCUCGUCGGAUAAGUAUCUCUUUCUUAAAUAAAAAUUUUGUUUACUUUA